AUGGCUUCGUCCACCUCUCUGCUCCCCACUCUCCUGGUGCUGCUCGCCGUCGCCGCCACCGCGUCGGCGGCUGCGUCGACGUUCGUCCGGGCGGCCGACCUCGCCGAGCGGCUGGACGGAGUGGGGCAGCAGCAGUGCUGGGGGACGCUGCUGGACGUCAAGUCGUGCACGGGGGAGAUCAUCCUCUUCUUCCUCAACGGCGAGGCGUACCUGGGGCCCGGGUGCUGCCGCGCUAUCCGCAUCAUCGAGCGGCGCUGCUGGGCCGCCGACCUCAUGCUGUCCGUCAUCGGCUUCACCCCGGAGGAGGGGGACAUGCUCAAGGCCUACUGCGACGCAGGCGACGACGACAACGACGGCGGCGAGGGGCGUCAUCAUGGCGUCGGCGGGUUAUCCCCGGCUCCGCCGCCUCACCGUGCUCUUGACGGCGUCGCGAGUGGCGGCACAGCGUUGCCCGUGGCGGGAAUGGUUAACUAAGCCGA